AUGCUCUCUAAGUUAUCAAAGAAGAUUAUUUCUUAGUAAUCCCACUCCACUUAUACUCUUAAUGCCCUAUUCAAUGGCAACUCAUUCGCAAGACAAGCCUAAAUCAGCUAAAUCAUGUCAGUUUGCAAGUAAAAUCAGUUAUUGAACCCAUAAAUGAGACUAUUCACUACAACUACUGAUGGAAAAGAAUCCCCAUCUCAUGGAAGUUAAAAUUUUGGAAAUGUCGAGAACAAAGAUUAUUAUAAUAAUAGAGCCAACACUCAAAAUAGAGUUUCUUUUGGUGUGACUAGAAAUUUCAAUAAGAAUCUACCUCUAGCUGAUCAAAUCAAGACUGUAGCUGAUUAGAUUAGAGCUACUCCAGAACUAUAACUAAUAGACUUCAUAGCUAAUCUCAAAUUCAUUUCAAGAUAAGUCUCAGUUUAGCCAUUUAACUCAUCAGCUGUCCUCUUGAGAAAAUUAGAUACAAGAAAUGAUUUGGCUGUUGUACAUGAGGUAUAUGAGAAGUUUAUUGAUUAACUCCUUCCCUAACAUUUGUUUGAGUAUACCAACUACCUAAAUCUCUUGAGAUAAAAUCACAACGAUGGACUUAUAAGUAUUAAAGUUAAAUAAAGGCUUAUUAAGAGAAUUAAUACUCUAUUCACAGAAUAAUAGUACCAAAAUGAAAUGCAUGAACUUAGUUUCGAUUAAGUCAGCAAAAUUCUUUCAGAUAGUAUUCAUUUUGGGUAGGUAGGUGUAGUAGCCAACAGACUAGAAGAAUUAUUAGAGAAGAAUUCCACUAUUUCUAAUCUUAACUCAGUAACCAGACUUUUAGAUUCUCUCUUCAACUCUGAGCAAGGUAUCGAACAGUUAGACAGACUAGUAAGAAAGCUAGAAGGACUCCUUAGACAAUAAGAGAACUUUAAUAUGCUUAAUAUUUCGCAAAUAGUCAGAUUAACAAAGAUAUUUGCAUAUUCUCAGCAUGUAAACCUUAACAAACAUAGAAUUAUUGAAAAAUUGAUUAGACAUAUUGAAACCAAAAUGGAAGAUCUUGAGGAAAAUGAUGUCAUAAACAUUAUGAACGCAUACGUAUACAUCUAAGGAGAUGUUGCUAGAUCUCAAAUAUUAUUCAACAAGCUUAAUUCUGUUGUCUCAAAUUAGGCUAUUUAAAAUUAAUAAGAUGUCUCAGCUAGUUUCUUAAUGAGAUAUCUUUCUGUUUUUUAUGAUCUUCCAUCCGGAAAGCACCUAGGUAAAAAUAUUGAGAACAACUUAGUCCAACUUUUAGAGAAGAAAUUGUAAGAAGAUCCCGACCUUUCAUCGUAAAUUGCAAUGAAUAGAUUAUCCAAAAUUUUAAUGAGGCAUCCUGAAUCUUAAACAAUACAAGAGGUGGUUGCUAGAAUACUUGCAAAGCAAGCAAAACAUUGUACUUUUGAUGAAAUUAGAUUAGCGUUCAGGUCGUUAAAACGAUACAAUUCAGAGAAAUUCGAGGAGAUUGAGGCUAAGGUAGCUGAAGAAUUAACAUCAUACAAGAAACCAACACCUUCAUAAUUAGGAGAAUCAAUUUAUAUUAUUGAUUCAAUGAAAUCAAGAGAAAAAUAUCAAGAAAAGCUAUAAGGACUUCUAAAAUUAUUCUAAGAUAAUGUAAAGUUCUUAUACAGAACAAAUGCUAUUGAACUCAUAAAGCAUCACAGAUUCCUUCCUGGCACCAGCGAAAAUGCUAAUAUUGUCGCUACCAGCAUCUAUGAUACUUUAUUCCAAUCUUAAGAGCAACUUAAAAUGACUUCUAUAACUGCUUUAAUAGAUCUUUACAUCCAUCUAGAGAAAAUGUCCUUUGCAGGUAAGAAUGCCCACUUUAAAACUGAUCAUAUCAAGUAAAUUAGAGAGAUUGUUUCUGAUUUAACUUCAAAUCAAUUGAGACUCUAUUUUAAAAAGAUUGUGAGCAACAAUGAAAAGCUAAACCCAAGUCAAAUUAGGCAACACCUGGAAUUCCUUAACAGCUAGAAAAAUGCAGACAAACUUCCAAGUUAUUAUUUCUUCAUUUUAUCUGAAAAAGUAAUCCAAUCAAUUAGAAAUGAAGAGACCUACUAAUAAGUUGAGAGAAACAAUAUCGAUUUUCAUUUGUCAGAAUUAUUGAACAAAAUUAAAUUAGAGGAGUUUUAACUUUCUCCCGCAUUUUUCGACAAUCUCAGACUUUGCAAAAGCUACAUGUAUUAAGUUCCUUAAUUCUUCGAAAAAGUUCUUCGUACAAUUUAUAGUUCUGAUAAGAUCAUCAACUAGGACUAAUACAUACAAGGACUCUCAGCUUAAAACUUAUACUUCGGUAGAUUCAACCAAAAUGUUGCUUUGAAAGUAGGGGAAUAUAUUGAGACCAAAUUCAACCUAUCACAAUUCAUGACUCAAAUUGAAAACAUUUACAUUGAUGAUCUCAUCUUCGCUAGUUAUGUUAGAGCUGCUUAAAUUAUCCAAAAAAUCUAAGUUAAAAGAAAUAUUACAAACGAGAAUUUGAUCACUGAUGAUAAGCUCAAAGCAAUAGUUAGUUUGAUUGAGCAAAGAUUAGAGAAACAAGUAACCCAAGGAAAAGCAAUAAGUGCAUUAUUUACUAUUGCAUCUAUGGGAGAUUACAGAAGCGAACUUUUAAGCAAAGCAUUCGAGGCAAGAAUUAAAGCCAUUCAAAGCGACGCCCUUGCAGCAGUUUCCUUCAACCAAGCUUACUAAGUCCUCAUGACUGUAAACACUAAUGAUGAUGUGAGAAGCUUAGGUCAAACUAGUUUGAGACUUCUUAGAGAAUUCCCCUUGAAGUUCAGUGAGAAGCUAAUAAAAGAAGCAUCAUCAUUCCAACUAGUUAAGAUUUUGGAGAAAUAUAUUGAAUGCGACUGGCUUUUGAAUGACUCAUAUAACAGCAUUAUCAAAGGAAUAGGUUAAUAGUUUGCAAACUUUACUUCUAGGGAGUUGUCAAAGAUUAUUGGGUAUUUGAACUAACAAGACAUUAGACACGAUGAACUAUUAAAUGCUGUAUUUGAUAAAGUGAGCUCACAGGCAGUUGGUAAGCCAGAUAACGUGAGCUUUAAUUCAGUUGUCAUUCCUAUUCUAAAAUACAUGACAAACACAGAUUUAGCAACCGGCGAGAGAUUCGAGAAACUUGUCUUUGGGGAUUUUGUAAAGUAAGUCCUCAAAACUGACUCUACUUUUGCUUAAAAGGCAUUAGACGAGAGAUCUAACCAUGUCUAGGUCUUAACUUCUAUUUUUGAAUCAGGCUUAGAUUAAACUCACCCUGAAAUUAAGCAACUUGCUGAAAAAUUGGUUGAGUUGAUUAACAAAGAAAAAUUCUUUUCAUACAACCAACAUUUUGAAGAACUUGGCAGACUCUAUUAGAUCCUCAAUAUCGGUAAAAGCCCACUUGACACCGUAUUUAAUCCCAGUAUUCUUCCUCAACUAGAGAAAAACUUUUAAAAGGAACUUGAAAGAAUAUAAAAUCCAUCAAAGUUAUUUAAGGAUUCUAAUAUUAUCCAAGCUUUAAAGGCACUUGGUUAUAAUGAUCUUGAAUACAGAGUAGUUGUCGAUGGAUACUUAGUGCCCCUAUACUCCAAAGAACACAACACUGUAAUCUUAGUCCAAGACUCUCAAAAUCUCUGCUAUGAUAGAUAAUACCCUAAUGGUAUCUUUAAAAUCCAAAAGAGAGUAAUCGAAUCACUCCCAAGCAACCCCAAGGUCUUCAGCGCCAAUCUUUUCUAACUUAACAAAAUCGAAACAGAUCAAAAGGAUAAUCACAAGUAGGGCAAAGUACAAUAUCUCUUAUAGGAUCAGAAAAUUCCUCAGGUUGGUUCUGAGAUCUAAUUAGUUCAAGAAGGAUGGUGA